GCGUGCGCGCUCUGCGCUGCAGCUAGUCUGCGUGCGUGAGUGGGAGGCGGCGGGCCUGCGACUCUGGCCUUCCCGGCUGACUGCUCCGACGCCGCAACCCCAGUCAUGAACCGGUUUGGCACCCGGUUGGUGGGAGCCACGGCGACCCCGCCGCCGCCACCGAAAGCACGAGGCAAUGAGAACCUGGACAAAAUCGACAUGUCCCUGGAUGAUAUUAUCAAGCUGAAUAGAAAGGAAGGAAAGAAGCAAACCUUUCCCAGACUAAAUAGAAGACUCCAGCAAAGCGGUGCCCGGCAGUUCAGGAUGAGAGUGCGGUGGGGAGUCCAGCAGAAUUCUGGUUUUGGAAAAACUAGUGUGAGCCGUAGAGGAAGAGUAUUGCCUGGAAAAAGACGUCCUUAUGGAGUUAUCACUGGCCUUGCAGCCAGGAAAGCAACUGGGAUUCGAAAAGGAAUAAGUCCUAUGAAUCGUCCACCUCUAAGUGACAAGAAUAUAGAACGAUAUUUUCCAGCACUGAAAAGGAAGACAAGCCUUCUGAGACAGAAUGAAGUACAAAGGAAACAAGUUGCUGUUCUCAAAAGACCUAAUCAGUUAAACAGAAAAAAUAACAUCCCAGCUAAUUUUACCAGGAAUGGAAAUAAAUUAAGUCAUCAGAAAGACACUCGUCAGGCAACCUUUCUUUUCCGAAGAGGCCUGAAGGUUCAGACCCAGUUGAACACAGAACAGCUGAUAGAUGAUGUGGUAGCAAAGAGAACACGUCAAUGGCGUACUUCCACCACAAAUGGAGGAAUUUUGACUGUAUCCAUUGACAAUCCUGGAGCUGUACAGUGUCCGGUAACUCAGAAACCACGAUUAACUCGUACUGCUGUGCCCUCAUUCUUGACAAAAAGAGAACAGUCUGAUGUUAAGAAAGUUCCUAAAGGCGUCCCUCUACAGUUUGACAUAAAUAGUGUGGGAAAACAGACAGGAAUGACUUUGAAUGAACGAUUUGGGAUACUGAAAGAGCAAAGAGCCAGCCUCACGUUCAGCAAAGGAGGAAGCCGCUUUGUGACUGUGGGAUAGAUCCGUGUCCAAGGAACUUUAAGUGUUGACUGUUUGAAAAGUUGAUUUGCUUGAAGAGUUCAUCGGAGAAGUUCAAGAAACUUUCCUUCAGAAUAUUCACAAGCCUAAAUAACUUUAUUUUUGAAGGUUAUUUUGUUUUGUUUUGGUUUUUUUAAUGUAUAAAUAAUGCCCUGAAAGAAUAGCAGGGAAUAUACCUAUCUGUUCUUAAAGAUUCCAUGGUUGGCCCAUACAAAGCAAUUCUCUGUUGACUUUUGACUCCUCCUGCAGCAGAAGGAAGACAGAAAGACAGACAUUGAUUAUUUUUAUGAGCGUGGGAUUUAGGAUCUCAUCACUUUUAUCCAGUUUUUAGGAUUUGCCAUGGUAAAUCUUAAACUUGAGAAAUAAGAGUACACCUCUGUGUUGUCACUUACCCAUUUAUGUGUUGGCGUGACAAGGACAGCUGCCUUUCUGUCAUUACUGGUGUUUUCUAAACUGUAGGAGAAUUUUGGUUUUGACUUUUGAGGCUUAUGGAAAUAUUUAGAACUUGGUUCAUUUUUCAGUUAUUGUCAGCUUAAACUUCCUAAGUUCUAAGAACUUAGUAUUAAACUUUUAAUAAAAAAAUGUGGCUCUCAGGAUUAGUCUCAGGCCAAAAUGUGUCAGGGCUGUAAAUGCUUAUUUACAAAGUUAUCUGCUAGGUCCUUGGAGGAGAUGCCUGGCAUGGAACCUGAUGGUUUGUGUUCGGUAUAAAUGGAGAAAACAUGAAAGGCAUUGGCCAACGGACAGAUUGGACAGGGGAACAAUAAAGCCUGAGUCAUAGCUAUGCCAUCUGGGUUUACUUCUGUCCUGAGUCUAGUGUCUGUAGAUUCUUCUAUAAAUGAUGCUUACAAGAAUUACAAUUUUUAAAAUGAGUUGAAUCUUGGGUAUUUUGACAAUAUACUGACUAGAUAUAUAAAGUCCUAUGUUUCAUAUUCAAAAGUUUUUUUGUAAAGCUCUUAAACUCAGUAAGUUCAAUAAUUUAUAACUCCCCAAACAAAAAUCUACUUAUAUAUGUCACAAAGGAGAGGAAAAAAAGUAAAAUUAUAAUGAAGUUACAUUUAACCAUACACACUCACUCCGUUUCUUCUAUUGCUCAAAGUUCAGGCGUUAUAGGAAAAAGGGUUUUUGGUUUCUUUUCCUUACACUGGAGGUCUGCUGUGCCGAGAUAGUGCUGAGAUUGCUCAGUCAUAGGUCAUAAAUUACAAUGAGAUGCCAAAAUGCAGUGGCGUGUCCCAGCUACAGAUUAUCAGUGCUGAGAGUGCUCACAUGGUCAUAGGUCAUAAAUUACAGUGAGAUGCCAAAAUGCAGCGGUGUGUCCCAGCUACAGAUUAUCAAGUGUGGUCAUUUUGAAACCUGACCUUUUGUUUUGCUGUGAUUUCAAGUUUGAGUGGGUGUUUAAGUCUCUGCUGUUGAUUUCUCCUGUAAAGACAGAGCAUUAUACUCCUGCCCGCCUUCAUUGUGUCCUAGACUUCAUUGUCUUUGAUGUUCUUCAAGUUUCUUACUGGCUUGUGCUAGUUGUGGGAAAAACAGCAACAAUGUCAUGCUUAUACCAAAGAUCUAAAUCUUUCCUCAGCAUCUGUUAAUCUGCCAGUACUUGGACUUGAGAAGGGGUUUAGAGGCUAAUCGCAGAAUUUGAAAGUAAACUCCAGUUCUCCUUAGCUGUAAUGCUUUUCAUUGAGGCCAAGGACUCAUAAAACAUUUUUGCCAAUAUGAAUAUUUAUAUUUGGUUCAGAAACAAAACAUUUUAGAGUGGUUUGCUGGUAGCUUAUUUUAAAGCAAAGGAAAAACAGUUGAGCAUGAACACUAUCUUUGGAACAAUUUUUAGAAUAUGAUAUAAAAGUUUUUGUUUCUUGUUGUUUUAAAUAUUAUUAUACAGAGGUAUUAGUAAUUCCAUUUUUGGAAAAUCUUAAAAAUCGCCCAAAUGUUGACACUUAAGUACAUUGAAAAACAGUGUCUUUGGUAUAGUAAAUGUUUGCUCUUCAUGCAUCUGUAAUUUAAUAUUUGUUCAAAUUUUGCCUUUGAUACAACUAAGUUAAAACUCUUGAGUGCUGACCUGUUGUAUAUACACAAAACAAUCUGCUUUGUUGGAGGAAAAUUCCCUUUCUUGGAAUGUGAUUGUAGUCAUCCUUGUUCAGUUCUUGAAGCCCCCCUUUUAUUUUAAAUUUUAUUUAAACAGGGUGCAACGUAAAAUUUCCUUUGCAUCAAGGUGUAUGCAAAACAUUGAUGCAGUGCAUCACAACGUGAAAGUUUGUACUUAACGAGGAGGUGCUUUACACUGUACUUUUUGGUGUUUUUUGGAAAAGUUACAUUAGAUUUGUUCUGAAGCUGUUCAUUUUUGACAAAUAAAAUGUAACAGGUUUCACAUGAGUUAUUCUGAGCUAUAAAGAUUGAGUUGUGGUUUUUUUAGAUUGUUGUGUGUUACAAAGCAUCUUAUAGUGGUUUUAUAUAUGAUUUCUGGGAUUUGAAGUUGCUGAUCAUCUAAAUCUCCACUCUUGGUGUUCCUCUGACUUUUGACCAUUUCAUGCAUAGAUGACAUGAGGUUCCAACAUGAGGCCACCAAGGGGAAGUAAAGAUAGUCACAUUGUUAUAACGCAGAUCACAGAAGUAGAUAAGCCUUUAGAGAUGAUCUGCGUCAGCCCCUCCUCUUACAUCGUAGUUAAGUGACACCCGACAUUUUCUAAGACGUACAUGGAACAUGGGUCAUGUUUUGAGCCUCAUGUCUUAUAAUUCUCAGUGGACAAUAAACGACUUCACACAUA